AUGGAAGGUUUCAAAGAUGUCCCUGAAAAUUAUAGAUUUACUUUGAAAAAAUGUUCAGAGAUUCUAUUUAUAGGCCAACUUUACAAAUCGUUUUUUUUUUUGUCAUUUUGUCAUUUUCAGACAACCUCAAAAUUAACCCAUGAAUUUCAUAGAAUAUGUUCUGGAAAAUACUACACAACUGUUGAAAUACUUGAUGACUUUUGGAAUGUUGAUGGGAAAUGUAUAUGUAAGAAUGAAUAUAAUAAAUGUGGUGUCGAUUGUAUUCGGUCGAAAAGCAGUAACUUUCAGAUUUAUGGUUUAUCAUGUACAACACCAUCAUCAACAGAUGUCACUGCACCUAAUACAGGUUAUACAACAGAAUCUAAGAGCGAUUUUAAACUAACCAUAUUCCUUGCUAUUUUUGGUGCAAUGAUCGGUCUGCUACUUUUGGUUCUCAGUUUUUACUGUUUCAAGCGAACAAUUCAAGAGAAAAGAGGACUGUUAUUUUAUACAGAGGACCAUUCUUACCACUGUGAAGCCAUUGAUCAGUUUAUAUCUUUCCUGAAUAUGAGCAAGUGCAAACUAGAAGUUGCUGCUCGUUUAGUGAAAGGUAGUGAUCCAUCAAGACUGAGUUUAGAAAUUCAAGAGUCCGAUUUUAUAAUUCUUGUUUACUCGAAAGCUCUUCACAAAAGAAUCCAGGCUUGGAAAAGCAACCAAGAUUACAUAAAUUUUUUAAAAGAGGAUAACUCAGCACUUUUAACAGCUUCCCUUCUCGGGGAACUUGAAGAAAGCAAUAAACUUAUCAUUUGUAAGUUUCCUCAGGUACCAAACUCCAGUGUGAGCAGUGAAUUUCCUUCAGUCAAGUGUUACACUCUAACAAAAGAGUUGAACUUGCUUAUUCAACAAAUCCAUGGAAGAGGAGUGGAUCAUGAGCUUGCUGUUCUUGACAAAAAUAACAAGCUCAAUCACAACUCUUUGACAAACACUAUUAAGAAUGCUACCAACUUUGAAGAAAAUAGUUCCUAUUGGUUUGAAGACAAAUAUAUUUGCCCUAAGAAAAUGGAGUCUUUAAAUGAAAUGCCUGAUUAUGCUGAAAACUUUUCAGAUGGAUGUGAACAUAGUAUUUAUUCCAUUCCUAUAAGUUACAUAUUGGAACAGAUCAAUGAGUACAAUGACUCAUUAGUUUAAAAGAUUCACAGGUUGGAUUCAUUUUUAAAUCUCAUCCUGGAUCCUUCCUGCUUUUCUUUUACCUUUUCACUAUGCCUCUUAUCUUCUUCUACCUGACAUUCUUCUACAUAAGGAUAUAAAAUAUGUUACCAAUUUUCUCUAACCUCUGAUGUUGGGCCGAUUUGAAUUUGAGGUUGGGCUGAUGUGAGAUUUUGGUCUCUUACGUUGGGUUGACAUCGGCCCAAUAUCAUAUUCAGAUAAAGGUGACAUCGGUUUGAUAUGAAGAUGAGGUUGGGCUGAUGUAUGGUUGUUCAACUUGAGAAGUCUCAAUGUAGGGCUGAGCCGAUUUUGCCAAAUGCCUGAUCUGGCUCUGAAAUACAUUCAAGGAUGGGUUAAUUAAUGUAUGAUUAAACAUUUAUAGGGGUUCGAUAUUAGCCACACUUUAUCUUUUCCAUAGCAUUACACCAGAUCCCUGGCAUGAAUUGCUUUGAUUCCAGCCUCAUCCACUCAGCAUUUAAAAAUAGAAAUGUGAUAUUGCUUCAAUUUACAGUCAAUGAGGACCACCUACUUCUAAACAGAAACAAUAUUAAAUUUAUUUUGAAGA